UUCACACCGUCUUCUUGUUGAGCUUCGAAAUCCACACACGCCGCCAUUGAUGCACGUCUUGAUUACUGUGGAGAGAGACAUUCAUGCUUUUUUCAAACAAAUCUGGUCGUCAAUUGAUUCCUCAUUUCGUUUUUGGCCCAAAUUUCAAGAUCAGCCGCCGGAAUCUUCUCUAUCCACCAUCGCUGCAAUUCGGUAGGUGAAUUUGUGUGAAACUGAGAUUUAUGAAGAAACUGAGGAGUUUUUAUAUGCAUUUGAGGCAUCCACAUACUAUAAAGAGGAAAUGGAUCUAUCCAUUAGCUGUCGGGUCAACCGUCUUCCUCUUUCUCCUGUUCCUGAUAACCCUAACUUCACUUGACGGCAACCGUAUCUAUGGCUACUACGCCACCGCUGGUUCUUCUGUUUUUGUUGAAGAUAAGCUCAGUCCUAUCGGUAUCUCUGAUGUUCCUCAUCCGCCUCGUUUCGCCUACCUCAUUUCUGGUUCUAAUCACGAUGGCGUUAUGCUCCGGCGGACUUUACUUGCUCUGUACCAUCCGAAUAACCGUUACGUGGUCCAUCUGGACGCCGAAUCUUCGCCGGAGGAGCGGCUUGAGUUGCAUGAGUUCGUGAAAAACCAUCCGGUUUUCGUGAAAUUCGGCAAUGUGGUGAUGAUCACCAAGGCCAAUCUCGUGACCUAUCGUGGGCCCACUAUGGUGGCGAAUACGCUUCACGCGGCGGCGAUCCUGUUGAGAGAAGGUGGGGAUUGGGACUGGUUUAUCAAUCUCAGCGCCUCUGAUUAUCCCCUCGUCACUCAAGACGGUGAGCUUUUGUUAUGCCAGCACAGUUAUCUUGUCAAACAGGCUUUGAUGAUUAUUGUUUUUGUUUCAGAUCUGCUUCAUACGUUCUCUUCCAUACCUAGAGAUCUCAAUUUCAUCGAUCAUACCAGCAAUAUCGGAUGGAAAGAGUUUCAAAGGGCAAAGCCUGUCAUCGUUGAUCCUGGGCUGUAUAUGACGGAGAAAACUGAUGUUUUUUGGAUCACACAGAGAAGAAGUGUGCCGACAGCCUUCAAAUUGUUUACAGGAUCUGCUUGGAUGGUUCUAUCUCGCCCUUUCAUCGACUUCUGUAUCUGGGGAUGGGACAAUUUGCCUCGAACCGUCCUCAUGUACUACGCGAAUUUCAUCUCGUCUCCUGAAGGCUAUUUCCAUACAGUUUUAUGUAAUGCAAAAGAAUUCCGCAAUACCACCGUAAACAGCGAUCUCCAUUUUAUAACAUGGGACAACCCUCCAAAGCAGCAUCCUCAUUACCUUACAUCAGAAGACAUGCCAAGGAUGAUCAACAGCAACGCGCCAUUUGCAAGGAAGUUCCACCAAGACGAACCCGUGCUCGAUAUGAUCGACUCUGAAUUACUGCUUCGAGGCCCGGAUAUGAUUGUUCCCGGCGGAUGGUGCAGUGGGAGCCGUGAAAAUGGCUCAGAUCCGUGUUCGAUGGUCGGGAAUCUCACGCUCCUGAGACCCACUCCCGGUGCCAAACGCCUUGAAACUCUUGUGACUUCCCUUUUGUCGGACGAGAAUUUUAGACCGAGACAAUGCAGAUGACGAGAAACAAUCAAUGUGGGUCGGGUGUAAUUAGUUCGAGUUCAGGAAAAAAACGAGCACCAUCGGGACAUGUGGGCAGGCGAUCUCGAUCGAAAGUAUUAUACUGCUGAAGAAAGCAUGGUAAUGGUAUUUGAUAAUUUCAUUUAAUGUGGGUUUUUUUGUUGUAGUAACCUGUGACUGUCAGCCAAUUCUUUUAGAAAACCCUAUUCACCAAUAUUUUGAUUAUAUAUUAUAACCUUUAAAGGGGGUUGCGGGUGGUGAAGGCCAAGAAGCGGACGUCCGUAGGUGUUCCCAUUGAAUAGGGACGAUCCAAACCGGUUGAUUUUUUUAUGCCAUUUUAGUGUGGGGCACAAGAACUAUGAUGUAAAAUAUAAUCACAAUUUCAAAAACUUUCGUGCUUCAAUCUUCAUCCUACAUUUUCUUG